GCAAAGAUGAUGACUUUGACUGGGAGCAGGUAAACACAAAGGACAAACCACCUACAGACCCCUGGCUCCCCACAGGCUCAGCUUUCAUGAUGGUCAACACUUCUGGAAGGUUCUCUGGUCAGAGGGCCCAAUUGUACAUGCCACAGCUGAAGGAAAAUGACACACACUGUGUCAUAUUCCAGUACUACAGCGCUAGUCGGGAAGGAUCCGUCCCAGGCCAACUCAACAUCUACAUCAAAGAGAACAACAGCCCCCUGGGCCUCCCCGUGUGGAACUCGUCCGGACCGGCUUUCCAGACCUGGCGGCACGUGGAGCUGGCUGUCAGUACCUUCUGGCCCAACUUCUACCAGCUCGUGUUUGAGGUAGUGACUACUGGACAACGUGGACUGUUAGCCAUCAGGGACAUCAGUCUCCAGGGACAUCAGUGCAUCAAUACCCCACACUUUAUCAGCAUUAAAGGAGUAGAGGUGAAUGCCAGGCAGACGGCAACGUUCCAGUGUACCAUAAACGGGCAGGCCAAAAACCACAUGAACUACAGACUCUGGCUCCAGGGUAUCGGAGGGCGGGAGGCACCCAUGAAGGACACCAAAAACGUCAACAGCAGAAGAUACAUGGCCAUGUUUGACGUGGAAAACACCACCAAGGGCGACUCCGGACGUUACCGCUGCAUUGUCCAGUCAGAAAAAGGAGUUGGGGUGUCCAGUUACGCCGAACUGGUUGUAAAACAACCUCCCAUACCCAUUGCACCUCCUCAGCUGACUGCCGUUGGCGCCACCUACCUGUGGAUCCAGCUCAAUGCCAACUCCAUUAACGGGGACGGCCCAAUCAUCGAGAGAGAGGUGGAGUACCGAACCACGUCUGGGAGCCUCAUCGACAACCAGCCUGUGGACAAGCCAACCUACAAGAUCGGGCACCUGGACCCAGACACCGAGUACGAGAUCAGCGUCCUCCUCACCAGGCCUAAUGAUGGAGGAACAGGGGCACCAGGGCCCCCACUGCGCGCCAGGACCAAGUGUGCCGACCCCAUGCAUGGUCCCAGACGCCUGGAGGUGGUAGACAUUGAGUCUAAGCAGAUCACUGUGCGCUGGGAGCCGUUUGGUUACAACGUGACUCGUUGCCAUAGCUACAACCUGACGGUGCAGUACAGGUACAAAGUAGGUGGGAAGGAGGAGAUGCGGGAAGAGGUGUGUUAUGACACUCGCAGUCCAACGCCUCAGCACACCAUCCGAAACCUGUCGCCCUACACCAAUGUCAGCAUCAAACUGGUACUGCGUAACCGUGAAGGAGUGAAAGAGAGCGAAGAACUGGAUGUUCUGACCGAUGAGGACGUACCUGGAGCGGUACCGCUGGAGUCUGUUCAGGGGAGCACUUAUGAGGAGAAGAUUGCGCUGAAAUGGCGGGAGCCCGUUCAGACCUACGGAAUCAUCCGGCAGUAUGAGAUCUUCUACAAGGCAGUCAGCUCCUUUGACCCUGAGUUUGAUCUGACCAAUCAGAGCGGGAAAGUUCUGAAGCCCAGUAAUGAGACGUCACACAUGUUUGUCGGGCUGUACCCGGGCUCUACCUACUCCUUCACCAUCAGAGCCAGCACCAUUAAGGGCUAUGGGCCACCGGUCAUCACCCAGUUUACCACCAAAAUAUCCGCUCCCCACAUGCCUGGCUAUGAUCAGGAGACUCCUCUCAAUCAAACAGACAGCACAGUGACAGUACUGCUCAAACCUGCUCAGAGCAGAGGGGCUCCAGUCAGUGUGUAUCAGGUGGUUGUGGAGGAGGAACGUCCCCGUCGGUUUCAGAGAGCUGCGGAGAUUCUGCGGUGCUACCCAGUACCCAUCCAUUUCCAGAAUGCCACGCUCCUUAACUCUCAGUACUACUUCACCGCAGAGUUCCCAGCUUCACACAUCCAGACCCCCGUGCCCUUCAGCAUAGGAGACAACAAAACUUACGAUGGCUACUGGAACGCCCCUCUCCUGCCUCACAAGAGCUACAGCAUCUACUACCAGGCUGUCAGCACAGCCAACGGGGAGACCAAAAUCGAUUGUGUUCGAGUGGCCACCAAAGGUGCAGCAACACGGAAGCCGGACACGGUGGAACCAGAGAAGCAAACAGACCACACGGUGAAGAUUGCCGGUGUCAUUGCUGCUAUCUUACUCUUCGUCAUCAUCUUCCUUGGUGUGGUGUUGGUCGUGAAGAAAAGGAGAACCUAUCACUCCUACACUUAUUACCUGAAACUGGCCAAAAAGCGUAAGGAGACUUUGAACAGUACGAGGCAGGAGAUGACGGUGAUGGUGAACUCCAUGGACAAGAGUUACACUGAACAAGGCACUAACUGUGACGAGGCCAUCUCCUUCAUGGACACCCACAAUCUCAAUGGGAGAAAUGAGAACCACACGAUGACCAGUGACACCAGCAGCUUGGUGCAGUCACACAGUCACUCCUAUAAGAAGAGGGAGACGGUGGACGUGCCCUACCAGACAGGCCAGCUCCACCCGGCCAUCCGCGUGGCUGACCUGCUACAGCACAUCACUCAGAUGAAGUGUGCCGAGGGCUACGGCUUCAAAGAGGAGUAUGAGAGCUUCUUCGAAGGCCAGGCCGCGCCAUGGGACUCGGCGAAGAAAGAUGAGAACCGGAUGAAGAAUCGCUAUGGCAAUAUCAUUGCGUAUGAUCAUUCUCGUGUCAGGCUCCAAGCCCUUGAGGGGGAGCAGAGCUCAGAUUACAUUAAUGCAAAUUAUGUUGAUGGUUACCAUCGACCAAAUCACUACAUUGCUACUCAAGGACCCAUGCAAGAGACAGUCUAUGACUUUUGGAGGAUGGUGUGGCAGGAGAACACGGCGACUAUCGUCAUGGUUACCAACCUGGUCGAAGUUGGCAGGGUGAAAUGCUGUAAGUACUGGCCAGAUGAUACAGAGAUCUACAGGGAUAUGAAGGUCACCCUGAUCGAGACUCAACUUCUGUCCGAGUACGUCAUCCGAACCUUCGCCGUGGAGAAGCGAGGUGCCCAUGAGAUUAGGGAGAUUCGCCAGUUCCACUUCACUGGUUGGCCUGAUCACGGCGUUCCCUACCACGCCACCGGACUGCUGGGCUUUGUCCGCAGGGUUAAAUCCAAGAAUCCGGCCAAUGCUGGGCCCAUGGUGGUCCACUGCAGUGCUGGGGCAGGGCGUACUGGCUGCUUUAUUGUCAUUGACAUCAUGUUGGACAUGGCUGAGCGAGAGGGUGUGGUGGACAUCUAUAACUGUGUGAGAGAGCUGCGGUCACGCAGGGUCAACAUGGUCCAGACAGAGGAGCAGUAUGUGUUCAUUCACGAUGCCAUCCUGGAGGCCUGUCUUUGCGGUGACACCACCAUCCCGGCCUCACAGCUCCGCUCCGUCUAUUAUGACAUGAAUCGCCUGGACCCCCAGACCAACUCCAGCCAGAUAAAAGAGGAGUUCAGGACCUUGAACAUGGUUACCCCCACGUUACGGGUGGAGGACUGUAGCAUUGCUCUGUUGCCGCGCAACCAUGAGAAGAAUCGCUGCAUGGACAUAUUACCACCCGACCGCUGUUUACCCUUCCUCAUCACUAUUGAUGGAGAGAGCAGCAACUACAUCAACGCUGCCCUCAUGGAUAGCUAUAAGCAGCCCUCAGCCUUCAUCGUCACCCAGCACCCACUGCCCAACACAGUCAAAGACUUCUGGAGACUGGUGCUGGAUUACCACUGCACAUCCAUAGUCAUGCUAAACGACGUCGACCCAGCGCAGCUAUGUCCUCAGUACUGGCCAGAGAAUGGGGUCCACAGGCAUGGGCCCAUCCAGGUGGAGUUUGUUUCUGCUGACUUGGAAGAGGACAUCAUUAGUCGGAUAUUCCGCAUCUUCAAUGCUGCACGGCCACAGGACGGGUAUCGUAUGGUACAGCAGUUCCAGUUCCUCGGCUGGCCCAUGUACCGGGACACGCCCGUCUCCAAGCGCUCCUUCCUCAAACUCAUCCGUCAGGUGGAGAAGUGGCAGGAGGAGUAUGAUGGAGGAGAGGGACGCACUGUAGUGCACUGUCUGAACGGAGGCGGACGGAGCGGGACGUUCUGCGCAAUCAGCAUCGUAUGUGAAAUGUUGAAACAUCAGCGAUCAGUGGACGUGUUUCACGCAGUCAAAACCCUGAGGAACAACAAACCCAACAUGGUAGACUUACUGGAUCAGUAUAAGUUCUGUUACGAAGUGGCACUGGAGUACUUGAAUUCUGGCUAAGUUUUCUGGAGGCUGUUGUCCCCGUCCUAUCCCCUACCAUGUCCCUUGCUUUCCCUGGACAGAGACUACAACACGCUUGAAUGUUAGAACGAGUGGACGUGUGAUGCGACGAGGCGCACUGGACUUGUGGCAGAAUAUAUUUGGAACGUUGUUGGCAGAAAACAGGGAGAAGACUGAAAACCUGACGCUUGCACUGCCCGGCUGAACUGUCCACAGGAGACCCAUGGAUUUUUCACCUUUCUCCUCCCAAUGACCUCUCCCUCUCUCUCUCUCUCUCUCUCUCUCUGUACUUUACAGCAAGAGUUGGCCGUCCUCGU